UGGACCUCUGAACCAUCGUCCGGACACACACACCCACCUAUUGCACAUCAUCUUCGCCAACCAUACCGCCCUGUGUGUGAAGCAAAAGGACGAUAUCCCAUCACCAGAACCGCACCAGCACAAUGGAGCUGCCACCUUCACCAAUUCCGAUCCGCCAUCCGCUCGGAGCUGCAGCCUCGCAAGAGCUCCAAGGACCAGCCGUCAUCGCCCCUGCAAAAGUAGACAAGACGCUAGCCCUACGCUCCUGCCUGCGAUCGCGGAUCCCCGCCCCACGAUCGGCCAAGAAGAAACUCCGGUUUAGUCAAACUCUUGAAUCGGGAUGCCGGUUCGUGCGCGGCUGUCUAGUGACGGCAAUUCCCCAAGCCGCAACAUAUACGAUUAGAGACACUGGGGAUCUGACCUGGCCGACCGCCGGCGCCGCGCUGCGUGCUUUGCAGACUUGGCGAAUCGAGGAGUCAACCCUCCCCGCCAAUCUUCGCUUUGAAAAUCGGGCUGUGGCGGUUGACCGGGUGUGGGUAGAGAGAGAUGAGGACUCUACCCUCUCGGGAGAAGUCCUGGUGAGGAACUACGCGUUCCAGAAAUGCGUCACGAUUCACUACAGUAUCGAUAACUGGCGGACAUCAGCCGACGUCGACGCGACGUUCGCGACGGCAGUAUCGUUCAGCACUCCCGGGUUCGUCGGCGUCGACCGCUUCCGUUUCAUGCUCGACUUGGGCAGGGAGUUUGGUCCCAAGACCCUAGACGCGACCGUGGCGUUCGCGGUGCGGUAUGAAGUCGCGGGAUCAACCGAGUGGGACAAUAACUACGGGCGGAAUUAUACCAUCAAGCUUCGAAGGGGUCCAGAAGUAGGCCUUUGCUCAUCGCCAGUGCCGUCGCCGGUGCCGUCGCCUCCGCUUUCCAGAAAGGUGAUGCCUCCGGCUGCGCAACCGAGGCCAUUCGACUGGGUGGACCAGGCCGUCCCGCCGGUGACGCUGAAACGGGGCGCCGUGGAAUCAUCUCAGACGCCGAGGCUGGGGUUCACCGCCUUUCGGAGCUUGUCGUCGGACCCGAUCCUGGCGCCGGCUUCCGAACAGGAGCGGCCCCCGAAAGUUCUUCUGCCCCUCUAUACCCCCGUUAUCGAAUCCUGGGCGGACGACUGGGACGAGUGGCUAGGCCAACCAGGACUGUGCCCUUCUCGGGCCACAGAAUUACCACCCGCACCAUCGGCCAUCACCACUACCAUUGCUGCGCCUUCAUCCUCAUGGACACCCGCCGCAAGCGCAUUCACCUUCGGCGCCUUCGUUGAAAUACCCACCACCAGCGCCAUCUCAGGCGCGGGGUUUGCGUUUGGCCUGUCAUCAUUGGGCAUUCGCAAUGAGUUCUGAUCGUUCGUUUUGCUUCUUGCUUGCGUCUGGUGAUCAUAUCAUUUCUUCGUUCUGCUUCUUGUUUGCGUCGUCUUCUUAUUUUUUUAUUUUUUUGGAACUUGGAAUAUACCGUGCGGUCUUUGGCCUCCUUUUCAUAUUACCAUGAUGCAUUUUGUGCUUCUUCUGUGCUUUAUUCGUUUUGAUCUUGGGGGUAGUGUGAGCGGUCGCGAGGCUAGUAUGAACAGAGUGGGGCAAGUUUCCUGCCAGAAAGCCGCAUUUCACACAAGUGUAGUCGUGGAGGAGGAAUGGGUUCUUCAAACCAUCCCUAUCCACCCUCCCGCUAAACUACAUCCCAGCGUCCCCCCGUAAAAGCACAAGCUACACCACUCAGUCCGUCAGGCGCA